AUGUCGUUUGCACCACAAUUCCAACCCACCGGGGGUUUCACUUUUGACCCAUCGUCGAGAUCCGGCCAGCCGCUCCACGCCAACGUUUUCCGCCCACCCGCUUCGCCGUCAGCGUCGAGCUACAACCUAGCCAAGUCGACUGGAAGUCUGUUCUCCGAUAUCUCCAUGUCAACCGCACAAAGCGCAGGCGCCGCGAAACGGAAACGGACAAGGAUGGAAGACUCGACGCCGCUGGAUUGGAAUGCGAACAUGGAUGAGAUUGAGGCUCGGGGCGAAGGGCGGAGUCGGGAGUUUCGGAGAGCAUUAGGUCCAAAAUCCGACCCUGAACCUGACUCCCAAUCUUGGCGAGGACCGGCAACAAGAAGCGCGCCGAUGUUGACAGGGUGGAACCUGUUCAGUCUACAAACAAUAGGAGACAUGGUGGGCAAGGUCUGGGAGUUCUGCAAAAAAGGGGCGUUUCGGGGGUUCCAUGCUGGAGGUGGUCAAGGUUAUAAUGUGAACGGGGCCAUAGUAACCGAGACCACGGGCACAUCGUCACCUCCUGGGCCCGAUGCAUCUCGUCCAUUGGCCGACGACACUCCCAUGGAUCCUGAACUGCCGGCAUACUUUCCCCCAGUAUCG